GUUGACAUAUCCUGUCGUCGUUGCUACGUCUUGGUAUUGGUGACAAUGUUGUUUAUGGUGCUGUCAUCCCUAGCGUUCGUGUAGCUUGUGUCAAUGUUGCCAUACACACACAUGCAAGUUGGCAUAGGUAUUUGCGGCUAUGUUGCUACAUCAUAACGCGUUGUUGCUUCGCUUGGCUAUUAGCCUAACGGCGAUGGCUUUUGUCUUUUCCGUAUAAAAGGACAUGCGUUUUAACAGUUAUCAAGCAUAAUUUCGGUGAGCGUCGCAAGGCAAAGUUGUUUCCUUGAUUAUUUUCAUCGCUGUCGGGUUUUGUCACACAACAAAGGAUUUAUCAAAAUGAAGUCUUUCUACUGUUUGGAUGUUAUCAUUUGUUCGACAGUUGUUGUUGUGGCCUUAGCUGGAUUUUCCGACGCUGAGCUGGAGCAGAAAAAUCGGCGCACGGCCGGUGGACCUUCAGGGCUGAUAGCCUUCCCGCGCGUCGGUCGCAGCGAUCCGAAUCUGGUGAAUAAUUUGCAUGAAGCUGACAUCUCAGCGCUCGGCGAUAGUAUCAUGUACCCCGCCUCCUUGGAGGACUACGAAGUAGAAUUUCCAAAAAGCGAAAUGAAGCGCGCCAGUUUGAUCCCCUUCCCACGAGUCGGCCGCACCGAUGCGGAGCUGAGGAAGUGGGCGCAUAUUAUGGCGCUGCAGCAGGCGCUUAACAAGGCUACCGGCCCAAGCGCUACUUCAGGCUUAUGGUUUGGCCCACGUCUGGGUAAGCGCAGCGUAGACGCGCAGGAACAACAGCAAGCACACAAGUCGUCUGCGAGUGGCCAAAAGGAGCUUUACUAAGCAUUGAGCGACAACAACAAGACAUUGACGAACCACAAAUGCAAACGAUUAGGCCGACGAGUUUUGGACCACAGAAAUCAUACAAGUUACCCAAAUUUUAAGUUAGCACAAUUGUCAUAACAGACAAAAAUAAAAUUUUAUGUAAAAGUGAAAAAAUAUGAACGGAAAAAUUAAAAAAAUAGCACACAACAUACAAAUAUACACUUAGUCAUAUAUACAUGUGUAGAUAGUGUCUUUGGUGGAGUUUAGAAAGUUAAAAAAUCAGUAUGUGUGUGUCAGUAUCAGUAGAUGCGCAAAGAAAUCUGAGAGACUAAAUUUAAUAAAACAAUUUUUAAAGAGAUCGACUUUCGAAUUUGUUGUUUUUGUAAAUUUUAGUUUUUAGCUUUGCAUAUAUUGCACAUUCAAAAGAACGCAAUAACAAAAAAAAACAUACUACCUGCACAGAUGUUGCUUUUGUUUUUGUAAAUAUUUUCUUCAAAUGGGCUGGUGAGGGCUUUCAUUGCAAUGCAAGUACUAAAAAAAUUAUAAAAUGUAACAAAUAUAUGUAUGUAAAUGUAUCUUCACCUUUUACUAUUUGUCGCUCCCACACAUACAUACGACCACACAUUUACACAGAGUUCUGAAUUACAAUGAAAGUCCUUUGAAACAAACAAACUAAUAACAACAACAUCGAUUAAAGCAAAACGCCACACUUCUGCAAUGGCUUCCCACACAAAAGUAAAAACAACAACACUUAGCGGUUUCGGUUAUAUGGUAUACACUAUACAUACGAUUUAUAUAAAUCCUUAAUGAGAAUUAUACAAAACUCCUUAAAUUAAUGUUCUUGAAAUAAAAAAAUUAAUAAAAACA